UGGGGGCGACGGGAAAGAAGGCAAUAGAGAACACCGGGCUCCCCCCCUCCCAGGCCGGCACCCACACCUGUCUUCCCGCUUCCGCCGAAAAGCUUCUGCGCUCCCUCCGCCGCCGGAAAAUAGUCCCCCUCCUUCCUUUCCUUCUUCCUGCUUGCCUCUCUCAACAGGCUCCGCCGCGAUGGCGCUGAAGAGAAUCCACAAGGAGCUGAAUGAUCUGGCACGUGAUCCUCCAGCACAGUGUUCAGCAGGGCCUGUUGGAGAUGAUAUGUUCCACUGGCAAGCAACAAUAAUGGGACCAAAUGACAGUCCCUAUCAGGGUGGGGUCUUCUUCUUGACAAUUCACUUUCCAACAGAUUACCCCUUUAAACCGCCUAAGGUUGCAUUUACGACAAGAAUUUACCAUCCAAAUAUUAACAGUAAUGGCAGUAUUUGUCUUGAUAUUCUACGGUCGCAAUGGUCUCCAGCAUUAACUAUUUCAAAAGUACUUUUGUCCAUCUGUUCUCUGUUGUGUGAUCCCAAUCCAGAUGAUCCUUUAGUGCCUGAGAUUGCACGGAUCUACAAAACAGAUAGAGAAAAGUACAACAGAAUAGCUCGAGAAUGGACUCAGAAGUAUGCGAUGUAAUUAAAGAAAUUAUUGGAUAACCUCUACAAAUAAAGAUAGGGGAACUCUGAAAGAGAAAGUCCUUUUGAUUUCCAUUUGACUGCUUUCUAUGAGCCCACGCCUCAUCUUCCCCUGUGCACAUGUUUACCUGAUACAGCAGUGCUGCGUGUUGUACACACUUGGAACAACGAAAUACUGUAUUCCAUCCCAACAUUGACUCCUAGCAAAGAAAUGUCUGUGAAAAGCCAGUUCUUCUAUCAAAGUCUAGUUGUGAGCAUAAAAGCAUUCCUAAGAGAUUUCAAUUGGGCACUAAAACCAACCAUGAAGGGAGAGGGGAAGAAUAAAUUGUUUCUUGUGUUUCUGGGGACUUUUGAUGAUUCAAGAGGAUGCUUUUUAAAAAUGGAAUCCUUUUAAACUCAUAACUGUAAUGAAAAAAAUGUGAAGAACUUAAAGCUGUUCUGUAUUUUAUUCUGAAGGACCUACUAAGGUAAAUGUAUGACCAAUAAGAUCAAAUUGUACCUACAUCCUGUGUUUAAAAGUCUGAGUUUAACUGGUCAGAAUUUAAAUGCAUUGGAGCUAUUAGUGCAUCAAGUGAUGUUGAUUUUAUUUCAAAUCUCCCCCUGCCCCUUUCCUUCCCUUUCAUAAUUUUGGUUUGUAUGUGUUUUCUCAAUUAACAUAGCUAAUAGCUCUUAUUUUCUUAAGUUUUUAAUGGCUUAGGUCUUUCUGGAUGUAAGGGUAAAAAUUCAUUUGACAGACUUGUGUAUAUUUAAAGACCCAGCUGCUCCCUUGGAGCUUGUACGUUCAAGAAUGAUUAAUCUGUGUAAUAAACUGAUUACUACAGUCAUUACA